UAUUCUACAAUACAAUAAAUAUUUAUAAUUUCAGACAUUCACAGCAUGGUGCAAUUCGCAUCUUCGCAAAGCGGGAACCGCCAUCGAAUCGAUCGAGGAGGAUUUUAGAAAUGGACUGAAAUUAAUGUUACUGCUCGAAGUAAUUUCUGGUGAAACGCUUCCAAGACCAGACAGAGGAAAGAUGAGGUUCCACAAGAUUGCAAACGUGAAUAAAGCUCUUGAUUAUAUUGCCAGUAAAGGCGUGAAAUUGGUAUCUAUCGGAGCAGAGGAGAUCGUGGAUGGCAACUUGAAGAUGACAUUGGGUAUGAUCUGGACCAUUAUUUUAAGAUUUGCUAUUCAAGAUAUUUCCGUGGAGGAAAUGACUGCUAAAGAAGGUCUUCUACUGUGGUGCCAGCGUAAAACUGCACCCUAUAAGAAUGUUAACGUUCAAAACUUCCAUCUGUCGUUCAAGGAUGGGUUGGCGUUUUGCGCCCUUAUUCACCGUCAUCGACCGGAUCUUAUCGAUUACAAUAAACUUAGCAAGGAUAAUCCUUUAGAGAAUUUGAACACUGCCUUCGAUGUUGCUGAAAAAUAUCUCGACAUUCCUCGUAUGUUAGAUCCUGAUGAUUUGAUCAACACACCCAAGCCAGAUGAGCGUGCAAUCAUGACGUACGUGUCCUGCUACUACCACGCGUUCCAAGGUGCUCAGCAGAUAUGCGAAACACAGCAAUGCCCGAUGAACGAGCUGUGAUGACCUACGUUUCUUCGUACUACCACUGUUUUAGCGGUGCACAAAAGGUGUGUGAUUGCAAAAAUUAACC